AUGGCUCAGAACGCUUCGUUCGCCGACUUUGUCAAGGAUGCGCGCGAGAAGAAGAGAAAUGAAGCACUCGCGCAGCACUUCCUCGGCAGCCGUGGGCGCAAAGCCAACGGGUCUGGGUCCGGUGUAGCCUCACCCAACGGACGUGCCAUCUCGCAGAAACCGACCCUGCUGAGUCGCAUGAGCGGCGUCCAGAAACAGCGCUCGUCCUCGGCAAAACCCGCGACCAACAUUGAUGGAAAGUGGCAGCACGAUCUCCACAAACUCAACAACCCGAACGGCCCACCGAGGAAGGGCCUCAAUCGCACCGCGUCGACCUCGCAGAUUGAGCGCAAUACGCGGACAUUCGACAAAUUCGCUCCCGCGCUGAACAGAGACGCGUUCGCCAGGAAUGCACGGGACGGUGACCUUGGUCUGAACAUACGAGGUGCUGCAACCAGCAGCGGCCCGCACACUGUCAUGGCCUCCAACUUCGCCAUCGGCACCACCGCGGCAGAUAUCGAGCAGGUCAUGGGCCAGGUUGGCGGAGAACUGCUGGAGUGCCGGGUUGUUGUUGCCAAGCCGACAGUCAUGGCAGAGCUCACCUUCGCGACCAAGGACGGGGCCGAGAAUGUCAUCGCGACCUUCAAUGGUAAAAAGGCGGACGGCAAGACACUCUACGUCUACAUGAAAGAAGGCGGUCCCAGUUCAGCUGCGCUUCACUCACGGCCAUCCGGUCGCCUAGCACAAUCUUCUUACGACGACAUCGAUGUCGACACCAACGGUGGAGCUCACGCCGGCAGCUUCCAGGAUGGGCGAUACGGAUUCAACGACCGAGGCAACCCACCACGAGGACCCCGCAGGCGGUACUAAGCCGCCAGCACUACCCAAGAAAGAUGAGGUGGUACGUUCGUGCUUGAAGGUUUGAAGUACACAGACCACAGACACGGCCCUGUAGAAAGGGACGAAUCCCACGGUGGUGUUCCUUAUGAUUGAUACCCUUCCAAGGAUCACAUGCCACCAUACCCAAGAGAGGUGUGAGGUGACUGGUGAUCGAGGCGCCCUAGGUUAACGAUUCCAAUGCAUCGCCCGGCGCAACAAUGAUAGCGGUCGGAAGUGAAACGAAGAUUCGGAGGUUUGGGUUUCAAUGCGGAUGUAGAUAUAUUCAUUUGGUUCCCUUGGUUCUUGAUCACCGUGCUUUUAAGCUGCGCAGGUGCUUUUCCACCCGCAUAUGCGAUUUGCAUGUGCGAUUCUAUGUGGUUGGAACUCCGGAGCAGAGGAGGCUAGGAAUGAGUGGAAGUGUUUUCAGCUCCGCGUCAUAAACAGACCGUGUAUCGGACGCGAUCUAGAAUAGCGCAAUC